CUAACACACCUUCGCUCAUGUUCUGACGAGCCUUCUUCAAUUCAUCUCUCCUUCGAGCUCAAGUUCUUCAAGCUUGACCCCGCCAUCUCCGCCCGCACCCUAUCCAUGCCUCACCUCCCCGGCCGCCGCGCCUUCCCCCACCUCUUCCUCCGCGGCCGCAACCGGCGACCUCGACGACGGCGAAGAAGCGCUCCCCCGAAUCUCGUGGUCGAUCCAGAAGCUGCUGCGCUCGGUCUUCAAGCCGAAGACGAGCUCUACCCCUUGGCGUUCGGCGGCGUCGGCGGUCUGUACUCGCGCGUCGUCGGCGAGGACGACGGGUUUUACGUUGGGUACCACAAGUCCGGCGCGUUGGCCACGAUCCCGGAGUCCCCGGAGGUUGAAUAUCUCGGGAAGUUGUCGCCGGAGAUGGAUCGGAGGGAGGCGAUGGCGACUAGAAAGAGCAUAGCUAGUCGUGCAUCGGGAAUGAGCGAAGGUGUUAGAGAGAGAUGGAGAGCAGAGCAGUUACCUUACCAAAUAAAGAGAGCUUGCACUCCUAUAAUGGCCUCCGCAGCCUAUCCAUUGGCUUUGCAGUGA